AUGGCUGACGCAAUGAUGAUCUUUAAUUAUAAAUUUUUUAUACGUAUUACUUUUCUUGGACUUUCUCCGGCUUUUAAGUUUUUAUGGAAUAUAAUCUCAACGUAUAAUUUAAUGAAGAGAUAUAAUAAAAAUGAAACAACUAGUAGUUCAAGUCAAGACUAUGAAAAUGCGAUACAACCAUCUACUAGUUCAAAUGGUGAAAUAACUAGUAAUUUACGUCAAGGCGACGAAAAUGAGAUACAACCAUCUACUAGUUCAAAUAAUGAAACAACUA